AUGGUCCGAAUGGUAAGUUCCCUCCUGCUGGUCCUGCUACCCGUGUUGUAUGCCUAUCGCGAGUCAGACAGCAUGCUCUCAGCGUUGACUCGGGACAGCAAGGGUCCAGAAUCAGAAGGCGAUGACACAGACGCCAAUGCCAUGGAUGAGAAUAAGGAAAAGGAAGAGUCAGUGGAAGGUCCAAAGGAGACCACCAAGAGUGGAGAGAGAAGACAAGCGAUUCAGACGACCAGGGCGUCUUAG